AUGCCUAGCACGACCGUACCCUACGCGCCUCAUUACGAACCUGCCCCAGUUACUCAGGAGAAUUUGAAAUGGGCAGAUCUUGCUGUCAUCGACUUAGCGAAAGCCGGUACACCGGAAGGACGAACUGAGCUUGCUUUGGAGGUCAAUAAGGCACUCAGAAACCAUGGUUUCUUCUACGUUAUCAACCAUGGAUACACUCAAGCUCAGAACGAGAGGAUGUUUGAUAUUGCCGACCGAGCGUUUACUGGAGUCAGCGCUGAAGAGAAACAGCUCUAUGCAAGCAACAUCAAACAGACCGGCUCGUACCAGGGAUACAAGCUGAGAAACUACUGGCAUAUCGACAAUGGAGUGCAUGACCAGAUAGAGCAUUAUAAUAUCAAUCGCGAUAUCACGAAGAAACCCCACCCAGAAGCGAUUAAGCCUUUUCUACCCGAGGUCGAAGCUUUUGCACGAUUCAACCAUCAUUUGAUUUUGCAUCCUAUUUUAAGACUCAUAGCGUUGAGCCUUGAGUUGCCCGAGGAAGAUCUAGUGAACAUACACGGCUAUCAUGAGGCUGGAGAGACCUACGUCAGAUUUAUGAAAUAUUACCCUCGAUCUGACGAGGAGGAAGCGAAGACCAAUAACAUUUGGCUCAAAGGCCAUACUGACUUCGGUUCGAUUACUAUCUUGUGGAGCCAGCCUGUAUCCGCUUUACAAAUCCAGACAACGAACGGAGAAUGGCAGUGGAUCAAGCACGUCGACAACGCGCUCGUGGUAAACGCCGGCGAUGCGCUCGAGUUCCUGACAGGUGGAUACUACAAAGGCACGAUUCACCGCGUUCGACAGCCACCAGCGGAUCAGCAAUCGUACACGAGGCUUGGAUUGUUCUACUUUGCAAUGCCCGACAAUGCGGUAAAGUUGACACCGCUGACGGCCAGCCCGGUGCUGCAGCGCGUAGGCAUCCAGCGUCGCUUUGAGGACGAUGCGGCGCCGACGAUGGAACAGUGGGAAAGGGGGAGGACAAGCGCAUAUGGUGCGUCAGAGCUAAAGCGAGGCAAGGAGGAUGGGGUUGAAGAGGAAGUAAUCAACGGCGUGCUCGUUAAGCACUAUAACUGAGAUGAUGAUUGUGAAGCGUGGUCGGGUCCUAUUAGCCACUGCAUGCUACUAGUGGGUUGAUGCGAGAAUUAGCGAACCCCCAAGGUUUACUAGUUACUCAUGACGUUGGACCCGAUCAAAUUGUGGCUUCGAACUAUGUAAGUAUCUGUAUUAUGUAGGCAUACUGAGUCCAAUUCCCCGAAUCGCAAAUCAUGGAUACUAUCGAUGCCCCCCCUGUGAAACAAUGUACCCCCUGUGAAACAUCGCAGUUAUUCGAGCAUAUCUCGUCUAUCCCCCAAUCAAUGCUCACGAUUAUUUUUCUAUACACUGUUCACACCCUAGUCUAUAGCAUAGUCGAAGCU